AUGAGAUCCUUGGUGGAAUCAACCCCUCGAUGGCAAGAAACAAUCAAACACAGCUCCAGCAUAUCUCACCUGCAACAGGCGGUCAAGUCCAAUGGCCCCGAUAGUCCCUGUAUUACCGGAUGCAGAUCUGUAUGCUGGAAGGUUUUCCUCCUUGGACACGGUUCUAGUACAGCAGCCUGGUCUCAUGCCUUAUUGGAGUCUAGAAGCACGUAUGCAUCUCUCCGAGAUCACUUCUUAAAAUACAUCAAGCAUCCAGAGUACCUGGCCAAUGUGAGCAGCGAUCCGCUCGCCGAUGAUCCAGAUUCACCUUGGAAUACGUUACGGCAGGAUGAAGCAUUACGGGCAGAAAUCCUUCAAGAUGUGCAGCGCCUUCCAGAUGAGCCAUUCUACCAUGAGCCGCGGACUCAGACGCUCAUCCUCGAUGUAUUGUUCAUCUAUUGCAAACUCAACCCAGACGUUGGUGGCUAUCGGCAAGGAAUGCACGAACUGCUUGCGCCAAUCGUAUACGUUCUGGAACAAGAUGCCAUUAACCCAAAUGGCGAGGCAUCCGAAGGCGCGGCUGAUCUUACCAUGGUGGAAAUGCUAGACGCGAAUUUUAUCGAGCACGAUGCCUUUACCUUAUUUUCCAAGGUGAUGGAUCAGGCAAAGGCCUUUUACGAAACAGACGAUAAUCCAAGCAGCAUCGGGCGGUCUACUAUUGUCGAGAAAAGUCAGCACAUACAUGAGGUCCUCCUAUAUAAAGUCGAUCCGGACCUGUCAACCCAUCUCAAAAAUAUUGAGGUCCUGCCACAAAUAUUCUUGAUCCGUUGGAUUCGACUUUUGUUUUCCCGCGAAUACCCGUUUGACCAGAUGCUUGUCCUAUGGGAUACUCUUUUCUCUGUUGAUCCAAAGCUUGAUCUGGUAGAUCUGAUAUGCACCUCCAUGUUACUCAGAAUACGCUGGCAAUUACUUGAAGCCGAUUACUCCGUCGCGUUGCAAUUACUCCUCAAGUAUCCAUCACCACAGGAUCCUAAUGGACCACAUACAUUUGUCGAUGAUGCCAUGUACUUGAGGGACCACUUGAAUCCAGACGGAGGCUCUGCGCUGGUUCUCAAAUACACUGGCAGGCAACCAGCUUCCGCCACAGCAUCAUCCAGACCAACGACACCAAAAUCAUCAUUAGGUAUUGACAUCAAGCAGACUGCCGAUGGGAGGAAAUCGCCCUUGUCGCCCUCGCGCUUCCCUACCCGCUUCAUACAACAGCCGGGCGGAGUAGAGGCUCUAUUCCAGGGGGCAGCUAAGGGUAUCUUCCAAAGGGGCGAAAAGCUAGGCGUAAACCAGGCCGUGCGUGACGCAUUGGGAGAAAUCAGGCGCAACGUCAACGAGGCUAGAAGCACAAUGAAGGCAGGCCGUGAGUUGUUUUCCGAACCUGGUCCGAAUACCACGGCCAUGCAGGCGGUCGCGGCGCUAGACCGGAGGAACAAGCAGCUCGCCGUCAUGCUCGAAGAGACGCUCGCAAACUUGCAUGCUCUGGCGGCUUCGGAUAUGGAAGACAAGAAGAAGCACGGAGAAGCUUUGCAAAUCGCCGCCGCCAAGAUUCAGUUUGUCAAGGUCUAUCUGGAGGACUCGACCGUGGCGCUGCCCGAAGCUCAAGCCGCCAACGAUGACGCUUCGAUACCACUACCAGCAGACACUGAGCCAGUUUUGCCAGCCGACGCAGCUGCCUCCACAUCCACGCAGUCCCCCGAAGCAAAGUCGUCGCCAGCACCAGAAGCAGACAAUACGGCCACACUACCCAUGAUAACCGAGGUCGAGCACGCCCCAGACGCAAUCCCUACAAUACCCCCAGCGGCGGCGGCGGCGGCGGUAGCAGCAGAAGCAGGGCCGAUCGCAGAAAUCGAUCCCCUAUCAACUUCACAGCCGGCACCGCUUCCCGUCCUGCAAAGACCCCACCCACCCAUUCCGACCCGCUCGACCCUGGCCCAGUCCUCCUUUGCCUGGAUGCUGGAGCCAGACCAAUCCGCAUCCUCAGCCACGGGGCCAAAAUCUUCAGCCUUUGAGUCAUCCUCGUUGUCGUCGUCAUCAUCCAAACCCAAGCCGGCCGCCAAGAAACACCACAAAAAGUCCUCGGAUAGUGCCGACCGCCAGAGGACGGCGUUCCUGUUUGGCGAGGAGCCGGCGGGCGGGGAGGAGGGCGGGAGCGCCUUGCCCGAGGAUAUCUUUGGCUUGCAGCCCAUGGGCGGCAAGACAAAGGAGAGGGUCAGGCUCUGGGAUGACUAA